UGGGACUCUGCGACACGGGAAGUGGUGCCUCGAUAAUUGGGAACAACAAACGCUGUCGCCUAAACACAAGUGCUUUUCUCUCAAAUCAUGUCUACUUUCUCUUCUGUCGUCCGCAAACCGGGCCAGAAGAUCGUGCCAAAGGCUGCGCCGCGACGUAACGUCACUCGCCCUGGCACAAGGCCUUCCGCCCCUCCUUCUCUUACGCCAGAAAGUCAUGCGCCGAGUCCAGGCUUCGAUGUGGUCGAGGAUGCGCCCACAGAUGAAGAAACCUAUGGAGUGUCGGCAGAGUCUAACCUCGAUCCCCCUUCAAUCCCGCUUCUCUCGGAUCCCACCCCUCCCGACUCAACAUUAAGAUCAUCUCCAGACUACCAUGCUGAUAUUGCACCAUCCAUCUCGGUCGAGGUAUAUCCGCCAAAACGUCCUGGUCAAGGUAUAACUAUUGUCCCAUCCAGCACAUACACCGAUACCGAUCCACAGGACAUAAUCCCUACCAUCACCGCUUCAAAAGCGCCUUCUACGAGAUCGAGGCCGAGAAUAACAACGGAACCUACACCUGCGCCGUCAGACAACUCGUUGCAGGAUGGAGAGGUUGAUGGGGAAACGAGAUCGCAAGAGGGUCCAUCCAAGCGACGCAAGACGACAGAAGCACAUCGUGACACAUCUAUCCAAUCGCAAGAUUCAGCAACUUUGUCGGAGAACCUCACCUCAAUCCUCCGCAGCGGCCCGCGCUUCCGUCGCAGCGAAUCGCGCACGUCUGACAUUCUAUUACAAGAUGCCACAUCUCAGGCCGCGGCGGUCUCUGAACUUGCAAACUCGAUCGCCAAUAAUACGCAGCCUCUCCGCAGCAGACGGUCUGCGACAAACGCUGUAGAUGCUGAGCAUGACGAGGGAGAAGACGAAGAACCAACUGGGACGGUAAAAGCAGCUCGGAAAAAAAGAACGCGGAAGAAGGCACUUGAGGACCUAGCCAAUCAAGUGAUAGACAGCGACACGGGUAACAGAUCUCGCAACUCCCGCAAAUCGACUCCAGAAAAUGCAGAGAGUAUGAAGACCGAUGUCAGGACUUCUAUGAGUACUUUGGCGCGAGAUCCGCCACGAAUGGGCAAAAAGUCCGAGACGGAAAAGUUGUUGCAAGAGAACUGGACCGAGAUCAAACAGCGACGAAAGGAAGACAUCGAACGUCGACGUGAAGCUGCAGGGAGAGGCCGACAUGGCGGAAGGCAAGAAGUUGCACCUUCCCCGGCGACCACUGCUCUUCAAGUGCCAAAGCAGAUUAUUGUUAACGGACAGAUUGUGGUGGCGGCCGAGUCCAGAGAAAUAGCAUUUGGUGCCGAUGUGGAAAGGGCAGUCAUUGAAGAUGCGACCGCUGCGCGCGACGACGACCGGAUAUACAGAUAUGUCAACCAAGGGACGGUCGGUAAACAUGCUGGGCUUCGCAGGGGGACGAAGUGGGACGAAGACAAGACCGAGUUGUUCUACAAAGGGCUACGAUGGUUCGGGACCGAUUUUGGCAUGAUCGCGAAUUUCUUCCCCAGCUUCGACAGACGCCAGAUCAAGUUAAAAUACAUGGCCGAACUACGGGUGAAUGGCCUCCGGGUCAAGCGCUGCGUCGAUGCACAGGAGCCCGUGGACACAGACGAGUACACAAAAAUGACGGAACAUAUUCUACUGGAUCCUACCGCUCUACAGGCUGAGCUGGACGCUGAGGAAAAGAGGCUGCGAGACGAAGACGAACAACGACGUCGCGAUGAAGGUCUGAUCGAUAACGUCGAACCCGAUCCAGCCGACAUUGCUCUCCCAACUACGGAAGUCGAUGAGGAUGGUAAUAUUGUCGCCAAUGUCGAAGGUAUACCACCUACCAGAAGGGACCAGAUGUCCGUCACGGCAGAUCAAGUUACGUCGAAUGUGGUCAGCAAGAAGAAGCAGCAACAGCCCCAUGCCCAGCCUCAGUCCCAGCACCAAACUCGGAGACAGACAAAGGAGUCGGUCGGCCGGGGUCGCCAAAGCAAGAGGGUUAAACAUCCUAUUGAAGGAGUGGAAGAACAAAUCGGUCCGGUUGAUGAAGUUGGUCGAUGAAAUGUUGAUGAGCGCAUUGAUGAAUGUUGGGAUCUGAUUUUUCUGGAGACGUUGCCGAUGCGAAGGGCUUCAAGGUCAAAGCUUAAUGUUAUCAUGCUUAUGGAAUCAUGUCACGAUUCCAAUGUAAUCAUAUUGAUGUUGAUCUGCAUAUGCGGACCCAAGAUUCAUAUUAGCUCGGCUAUAUGUACAUCUAUUCUGGCAGAACUCGCCUGCUAUAUAAAACAAGAACUAUGAAUUGAAUAUCCUUGAAUACA